AUGAUAUCAAACGUUUUUCUCAGAACGAGGAUAAUUGGCGUAAAAGGUCGAACGUUUUCCAAUAGAUAUAGGGAGAUUACACCAAAAUAUUUCUAUAAUACAUUGGAUUCAAGCGGUAAAAAUGACACAUUUCAUUCACAGAGAUUUGCUAAAGAACGACUGUCAAAUAAUCAAUCGUGGAAUCGUAGAAAUAAGGAAGAAAUACCUAUUGAAGAAAAUUCGAAAGGUUACGAGUCAAGGACAGAAUGGAGAACAAACGAUGAUUUUCAAGAAAAGGGCAUUUAUGACAACAGCAGAAUAAGAAAUCGAAGUUGGAAUGAAAACCGUGAUUAUUUAAGAAACGAUGAUAAUAAAUAUUCAACAUCAAAUUGGAAAGAAAGUUAUCAAAGAAAAGAUGAUCGCGACUAUGAUAAUGAUAGUAACGAUAAAGAUCUCGAACCAGCCGAUAAGGACUCGAUCAGAAUAAUGAACUCCGAUUUUGGUGACGUGGGUGACACAUUACCGCAAAAAGUAAAGAGGAAGAAGAAAGAAAAACCACCACCAUCACCAAGCAUCAGUGUUCCGGGUUUUGUGAGAAUUUCGGGAGCCAGACAGAACAUGGUCGUUUACUUUGAAGAAUUGAGACGCGACAGUUCAAAACGAAACAAAUUUCGAUCAUUAUUAAUUCAUGGAUACAAACACGUUCAGAAUAUGAUUAAACAGGGAAUUCCAAUCAAGAGCAUUGGUAUCACCACGGCAGAAGGUAUAAAAUCGCUUGAAAAUCUUGUAGGUGGGUCUCGAGAGGUCUUCAAUAAUAAGGAAAAAUUUCCGGCAGAGCGUUAUUAUGUAGCCGACUUGGAAUGGACACGUAAGAUUCUGGGUAGUGAUGCCCGCGUUGAUGCUCGGGAGAUAUGGGCGGAAUUACCAUUUCCAGAGAUUCAAUUUCCGUCGAGUAUAAAAAAGCUGUUGGUGUUGGAUCAUAUUGCGGAUCCAGUGAACAUGGGAAUGCUGAUACGUUCUGCCAAAGCUUUACGUUGGGACGCUAGUUACCUGAUCUCCGGUACAGUUGAUUUAUACAAUGAUAAAGUCAUUCGAACGUCCCGAUGUGAGUCGGUAAUGUGGCCAUCGAAGGCCGGAUUUUGGCAUGAUGCCUACGCAUUUGCGGAGGAACACGGUUUAACCUUUGUAAUGGCCGAAACGCUGCCUCGAGACAUAGUGCCGGAAAAAGGGUCAACGGAAGUUUGUUUUUGGGAUCCAAUGACAAAAGAGGUAGUUAACGAAAUACCAUCGCGCAUAGCACUUGUACUCGGCAGUAAGCUACAUGGAGUUACAUACAGAGAUGUGAGAAGCGGCAUCUUGCGCGUUUCAAUUCCAAUGCUUAACAACGUAAGUUCAUUAAACGUCGGGAUGGCAGGCAACAUUCUCAUGCACGAACUCAAUCGCCUAAUGGACUCCACGCAAAUCAUUGAUGAGACAAAUAAACAAAAUAAUAAUUAA